AUGAAUUGGUUUGGAAAUUACUUCUCUGACUUUCCUGGGGAUGUUUCUUCACUCAAUGCGCACUCCCCUCUGCUGCGUUCACUUAUGCCAUCUGAAGAUGAACCUUCUACUUCCAACUUGAGGACCCACACAUCAGCCCAGGCUGUGGUGAAGCAGCCUGUCCGGGGGCCCAGUGGCCGGACCAUGAUCACGACCAUUGUCCAGACGGGUGGGGACUGGAGCACCGGCCUCUUCAGUGUCUGCAGAGAUAAGAGGAUUUGUUUCUGUGGUCUGUUUUGUCCAAUAUGUCUUGAGUGUGACAUUGCUAGGCAUUAUGGAGAGUGCCUUUGUUGGCCAAUGUUACCUGGAUCCACCUUUGCGUUGAGAAUUGGCACGAGAGAGAGACAUAAAAUACAGGGCUCCCUGUGUGAAGACUGGCUGGUGGUGCACUGCUGUUGGCCUUUUUCCAUCUGUCAGAUAGCCCGGGAACUCAAGAUGAGGACCUCCCAACUCUACGAGAUCUAUUCAUCUCCUUCGACUAAGGAUACCCUUAUUUAAUAGAGCAAGAUAAUUCUCCCUCAAUUCCUAACACCUUCCUCUCAA